CUAUGGAGUGUUGAUUAGUUGGCAUACUUGCUGCUAAGUGCUGAUUAGUUGGUAUUCUGGCUGCUGAAUACUGGUUGGCAUUUUGACUACUUAGUGGCAUUGUGGCUACUGAGUGCUGAUUGGUUGGCUUGCUGGCUAGUAAGUCGAUUUACCAGCUACUGGCUAAACGAAGAUACCACACAUUAGCGGGGUUGUAACGGAGUGCUGCUGUUAUCCACACUGUAGCGCGAUGGCGACCGCACCAGGGUACGGCUUUCCUGCACCCGGUUACCCCUCACCUGCCGUUCCACCUGGACUAGAGUACCUUACACAGAUCGAUCAGAUUCUGGUUCACCAGAAAAUCGAGCUUCUUGAAGCGAUUAUCGGGUUCGAGACGAAUAACCGGUACGAGAUAAAGAACAGCAUGGGGCAGCAGAUCUACUACGCUAAAGAGCAGAACGACUGCUGCACCCGGAACUGCUGCGGACCCCAGCGGAGCUUCGACCUGAAAAUCACCGACAACACCGACCAGGAGGUCAUCCACCUCGUCAAGCCCUUCCGCUGCACCUCCUGCUGCUGCCCCUGCUGCCUGCAAGAGAUGGAGGUUCAGGCUCCUCCGGGGAACACGAUUGGAUACGUAGUCCAGAACUGGCACCCGUUCCUGCCCAAGUUCUCUCUGCUGGGACCCUCCCAUGAAACCCUGCUGACCGUUGAGGGCCCGAUGUGCACCAUCAGCUGCUGCGGAGAUGUCGACUUUAAUGUGCUGGGUAAGGACGGCAGUGUGAUUGGUCGAAUCAGUAAGCAGUGGGCGGGGCUGAUUAAGGAGGGGCUGACCGAUGCCGAUAAUUUCGGCAUCAACUUCCCUCUGGAUCUGGACGUCCGGCUGAAGGCCACCCUGCUGGGGGCCUGUUUCCUCAUCGACUUCAUGUUUUUUGAGAAUGUGGGGGACUCGGGGCAGCGCUGCAGUGUGUUUGGGUGAAGCUGAUGGAGUUACAAGGUUUCGGGAUUCUAUAGAUGAUUUUUCUUGAUUUACAUGUUUUUAUUUUACUGUUUUAAUAAAUCCUGAGUUUAAUCAGAAGUGCUGUAUUUUUGUACUUACACUGUUUUAAUGAUGUGUCUUUUAAUAAUAAAUGUGUUUUGUUUUCUUAAAUUGUAUUAAAGUAAUUUGUAUUUAAACAAA